AAUCGAUUUGUUUACAUUUCUCAGGCAUAAUUAUGUUUUUUAGUCAAAAAUAAGCAUUUUUAGUUGGGUUUAUUACUGCCGUUGUUAAAAAUGAGACAGCGUAAGUCGAAACACUUAUACCGAAAAACGUGUCUUCUACUAUUCCUUUUUCCUACUCAUAAAGAUUAUGCCUAAAAAAAAACAAUUCUUAAAACACCUAUAUAUACAACUUUACUUAUAACAUAAUAAUCAAAAACCUAAGAAUUCUCUACUCCCACUAAACUAUGACAGCCACAUUAGAGCACCGACAAGAACGACUUGGAUUUUACAAGGAAACAUGCCCAACAGAAACCCCAAACUAUGACUCUAGCUCAGUCCUUAAACUCUACAUAGGAGUGGAUACCCUAAGACGUUGGUGUGGAUUUAAAAGGCAUUUUUUAUGUGGGUCCAAUGAAGAUUUGCUUAUUCGACUACUGGAUAUUGCUGAAGAAUAUAUUAAUAACGGCUCAAGGCCCUCUCAAGGUAAAGCAGUGAUUUUGCAAGACUUUAGACUAAAAACCGAUUUAACAAUAAAGUCUGAACCUCCAGUAGAGAAUGAACGAGAUUGUUUUGCAAUUUUAGAUAUAAAGGAAGAAACCACACAUUCAGAAGACUUACCUAAAAAAAGAGUUGCCUUUUUGGGGGUGCAAAAUAAAAGUUCACAGCAAGGUGGUUGUAAAUAUUGUGAUUGUAAUCAUAAUGAUAAAGAGUGUCAAGUAAAUAAUCCUUAUGUCAGAAUAUUUGAUAGUGUCAGCUUUGAUGGUAACUGUAUUAAAACUGAAGAUAUUAGUACUAGUUUUGCCAGAAUUUCUUUACCAAACUGCCUUAAAUUUAUUGAUCAAGAUGCCACAGGGGUCACUACUAAAAUUCUUUUAAAACCCUUUACAGAAUUUGGCCCAUUAAUAGGUACUCCAGUAAAAGAAGUGGAUAUAAGUGAUGACAGCAAUAUGAGGUAUAUUUGGGAAAUACAAUUAGGAAGUGGUAAUGUCUACACAGAUUGUGAAAAUGUUCAAAGUUCAAAUUGGUUCAGGUAUGUUAGGCCUGCUCCAAAUAGAAAAGAUAGAAAUUUGACUGUGGUUAUAAGAGAAGGUAGUCUGUAUUUAGUUAGUAUUAAAUUAAUAAAGCCUGGUGAUGAGUUAUUGUAUUGGCAAGAUACUCUGGCCUGCAGCAAUAGUAAAAAGAAGACUGAAAAAACUGUAUGUGGUGGGUGCAAUAUGACUUUUGACCACAUCUUAUACUACCAAGUGCACUGUUCGGUAUUUCAUGAUUUGAGGUAUAGCCUGACGAUCAAAAAAUACCACUGUAAAGUGUGUGGAGCCGCUAUUUUAGGAAAGGAAAAUAUAAGGAAACACGCCACUGAAAAGCAUAACGGCAAAGGAGCGUAUCAAUGUCCUUAUUGUAAAAAAUUUUUCUUAAGACUGAGCUACUUAGACAUGCAUAAAUCAUACGGAUGUUCCUUAAAUCCCCUCAGAUGUAAAUCACUCUGUGAUUUUUGCGGCCGGAAGUUCUCUCAGCCCCAAAAAUUAAAAAUUCAUAUAAAAAGGAUGCACAGCGAUAAUUCGGAUGCGCUGAAAGAUUUCCAAUGCCAAAAGUGCAUGAAAAUAUUAGGAACGAGGCCGGGCUUGUUAAGGCAUAACAAAGAAGUGCACGAAAAACAAGCCGAUACUACGAAUUCAUGCAAGUUGUGUGGAAAAUUUUUUCAAAAUAUUUCUAAUUUGAAAAUUCAUAUGCUGACACAUAGUGGAAUUAAACCUUUUAAGUGUGAAGUGGAUAGUUGUAAGGCAGCCUUCACAACCAAGCAGUGUCUCCAGCAUCAUUAUCGAAAAGUUCACAAAUUCGACGAUAAAACGAUGCCGAAAAUCGAGCGGGCAGUUUCUUACACGAUUCAGGCCUAUAGUGGUGUAGAAAAGGACGAUAAUGGAAAUAAAACUGGUAUUGAAAAUAAUAAUAACGAUAAUAAUGGUCAUACUAGUGAUGAAGAAGAAGAACAAGCUAUAGCACAAAACGACGAUGAAAAUAUGAUUAAGAACAGUAGUGGUAAUAGUUUGGAGGAGAAUAGUGAUAUUUUUGAUACGUCAGAUUUGGAAAUGCCUAAAAAUUCACCGCACCAAAGUUCCCCAUUAAAUCCGAUGAAUCAUGAGAUGGAGCCGGAACCACCAGUAGCUGUUAAAAUGGUGUCUAAAGGUUCGAAAAAGUGGAUAGCGGACGAUAUAUCCACCAACAACUCAGUUAAAGAUUUGAGCACCUUCGAUAUGGAACCACCCAAACCUGACCAACAACUCCCACGUCCCAUGGACGACCCCGGAUUCCGAAAAUACACGUCCAUAUGCGAAUUUACGCGAAGAGAAACCUCGAACGCCAGCUUAUUGGUCGAGGCUGCUUUGGACUCUGUUUGCAACGAGCCAAGCAUCGAUAUCGACGUGGAAGUAUCGCAGAGUUGCAACAACGACUCUCUAGUAAACAAUAUUUACAAUUUUUCCCACAACGAGGUAGCCUAUAAUUUGCAAGAAAGCGAAGAUAUCAAUUUGAUAUCUCCGUCAGUUAAUGAUCAUAUAUCUGUUACUGAUGAGUUGGAACAUGCGCAGCAUGGCAAUAUUGGGUAUGCCACUUUGCCAGAUGGGCAUUUCGAGCAAGAGAACAGUAGAUCCAGUUUGGAGAAGGAUAGGGGAUACCGAUUCGGUAGGCAUGAGGAAACUAAUAAUUACGCGACUAACCCCAGCCCAAGAACCUACGAUUUCACCAAUGUGAACCCGGAACAUCUUUCGGACGAAAGUAACACUGGAAUUAACAAUUUAGAGCAGGAGAAACACGAUUCGGAAAUGGAUAUGUCCAUGUAUAAAAAAUCGGCCUAUAAAUUAUAUUACGACUAUUUUAAACGAUUGAAAUUCGAUGAUAAUAAUGGUAGUGGGCAUCCAGUAGAACCUCAACCAACAGAAACGGAAAUGUCCGAUAUAGCGCGCCAUCUGGCAGAGAAGGAUGAAAAGGACAAGUUCAAUCAUGACUUGGCUGCCGAUUUGAGGAAUAAAUGUGAUAUUGAUCUUGACUUAAGAGUGCGUCACUACGAAAAUACUCUGGAUUCUGACCUAAACCGACAACGUUACGAGACCUGGAACACCGAUUUAACCAGCAGACCGAAAAACUCCGAUUUACUAAAUAUGAGCUUAGACAACCGAGAUUUAUUAGACUCGGACUUCAGAUCUGAAAGACAAUUCGAGCCGUUAGCUUUGAAUUCUGAGCUUCAAGGCUUGGACAUGUCCACUAGAGGAUUCCACAACUAUUCCAGGUAUCACCACUUAUAUCCGGAGAUUGACAGGAUGGAUUUGAGGUUAAAUUAUACACCUCCACCGCCUCCAUAUGAUUUGGUUAGGGUGGUUUCGUUGGACUUGACUCCUCCUGGAAGACACAGUGUGGAUCUGAGUUUGAGGAGUUUGCCAUUGCAUCAGAUUACUAAUUCCAGGUUGUUAACUGAACAUUCUUUGACCAACAAACAUCGAAUUUUUGACCAAGCACGUCUCCUGGCAGGCGACUUGAGUACCAGAAUAAACGAGAAUCGACUUAUUCCAGAAACACCCGGACGUCUCCUCCCCGAUCCGAGUGCGGAACGUAUUUUAGGAACUAAUACGCAUAUGUCAGACUACAUGUGGAUGAUGAUAGCAGGAUUUGGCAUAACUGCGGGCGCCCACAGAUUAUGGGCACACAGAUCAUACACUGCGAAUUUACCCUUAAGAAUAUUCUUAAUGAUAGCCCAAAGCGCUGCCUUACAAAAUGAUAUUCAUGAAUGGGUGAGAGAUCAUCGAGCCCAUCACAAAUUCACCGACACCGACGCAGAUCCUCAUAACGCCCGAAGAGGGUUUUUCUUUUCACACAUGGGAUGGCUCAUGUGUAAAAAACAUAAAGAUGUCAUUAUUAAAGGUAAAAAUGUUGAUAUGAGUGAUGUUCUUGCGGAUCCUGUUGUACAGUUUCAAAUGAGGUAUAUAAGCAAUAUAAUAUUUUUAUUUUAUUUAAUCGUUCUAUAUUGUAGAUAUUAUAUUCCUUUAAUCAUAAUUUGGACCUUUAUAAUACCCAGUUUGAUUCCAUGGUAUUUUUGGGGAGAGGAUGGCUGGCUUUCUUUUAUAACCUGCGUGGGCAAAUAUACAUUUUCAUUAAAUGGAACUUGGUUAGUAAAUAGUGCUGCGCAUAUUUACGGAACGAGACCGUAUGAUUGUAACAUUAAACCAACCGAAAAUAAAUUCGUGGCAUUUGUGGCGUUCGGUGAGGGCUGGCAUAACUACCAUCACGUAUUCCCUUGGGAUUAUAAAACUGCCGAGUUAGGGAAUUACCGGUUGAAUUUUACCACUUGUUUCUUAGAUUUAAUGGCUAAGAUUGGUUGGGCUACCGAUUUAAAGACGGCCUCGCCCGGAAUGAUUAAGAAUAGAAUAAAUAGAACGGGUAGAGGGACAAACAGUAAGAGAAACAACGAAAACUAUGCUGAAGAAAAUAGUGCAAUCUGGGGUUGGAGUGACAAUGCAAUGGAUCCCAAAGAGAGAAGAUGUGUUACGAGAAUAAAUAGGCAAAAGGCCUGACUUUUAAGAUAUCUGUAUAUAGUCUUUGUUAAUUUAUUUAUUUCUUAAUUAUUUGUUUAAUCCUAAUAAUACUAUAUUUUUUGUUAAGUAAAAAACUCACGUUUUGAUAUAUAAUAGCGAAAAUUGAAGCUGCGUAAAGUUUUAAAAUUAUACACAAAAGUUAAUCAAUUAAGUUGGAAGAGAAAAAAUAAUUAAUAAAAAAACAAAAAAUAGG